AUGGAGUUGAGCUCCAUCAAACAUGUGAACGACAUGGAGGUCAUCAAGUUCAUCCUAGCUAUCAUGGGCGUGCUAGGGAACACGCUCGCCGCCAUUGUAUGGGCCGACGACAGACGGAGGUCCUCGUCCUCCCUGUUUCUGCUUUGUCUGUCUCUGUACGACCUUGUGUAUCUCGGCGGAGUCGUCAUCUCUCUAGUGUUGUACUUCGAAAGGUUCACAGACCUCAACAUUCCUAUCCUCAACGUGAAGAUCGCCAACAACAUCCUCUCCAUCAUCUACAACGCCGCUCUCUGUGGCUCGAGUUUAUCUACAGUGGCUAUCACCGCGGAGCGGUACAUCGCGGUCUGCAAACCCCUGAAGGUGAUUGUAGUGUGCUCGAGGAAGAGGGCCAAGAUGGUUGUGUCUGCAGUCGGGGGAGUCUGCAUCCUGUACGCCGUCCUGUACGCCAUGUACGUCUUCAUGAUUGUCAUCCCUGUCCUGCAAAGAGUCGCUGGCUCCAAUCUCAGCCGCUGUGUCAAUUCCGAAGGGAAUAUCAGCGUGACGACGUGCACGCCGGACAACUACGUCAGCUGGAUCAUCAAGUAUGAAUACGACAUCACGCUGAUUGUUGGCCAGGCACUGUUGGUUUACAUUGUACCGUGGGUAACCAUCCUCUUCCUCAACAUUCUGCUACUCAAAGAAAUGUCUACGUCCGAUUUUGGCUCCAACUUCCGGUCUGCUGCACGGCGACAACUGGAGAAACGUCUGGUUCUGUCCGUGAUGGCGGUGUGCGCCCUGUCACUCAUCAGCCAUCCAGUCGGCUUCGUGGGGCUCAUGUUGCCUCUCUUUGUUCAAGGCCGUGUUUCAAGGUCAAGUUCCUAUUUGUUUGACACGUGGAACAUUCUGAAGUUAGUGAACAGUGGGGCCAACUUUGUUUUCUACUCCACGAUCAGUGCUCAGUUUCGGAGGACUUUGAUGCAAAAGAUUCAAUGUUUAUGCUGUAGGCGUGUCACCGAGCCGUACUCAUACACCGCAACUAACUCCGAGCCGACGGUAACUUGUAGUCAGUAG